GCGGAGGCGCGGCCGGCGGGCCUGGUUGUCAUGAGAGCGGCGGUCGCGGCCCGGGCGCUGGGCGCGGCGGCCCCGGGCUGCUCGUCCGCUGCCACCGCCGCUGCGGCUCGGGGUUGCGGGCCGGCCCGGGGCAGCGGCGGAGGCGCCACCUAAGCCCGCCGGAGGAGCGGCGGGGGCCGUCGGGGGCGCGGGCCGAGCCCCUGUCCGAGCAGUGCCACACGAUGCCCCACAAGAUCGGGUUUGUGGUCGCCAGCUCGUCUGGACACGAGGACGGCUUCAGCGCCCGGGAGCUCAUGGUGCACGCGCCGACCGUCAGCGGCUGGAGGUCCCCGAGGUUCUGCCAGUUCCCGCAGGAGAUCGUCCUGCAGAUGGUGGAGCGCUGCCGGAUCCGCAAGCUGCAGCUGCUCGCGCACCAGCACAUGAUCGCCAGCAAGGUGGAGUUCUACGUCAGCGAGAGUCUGCCCGAGUACUUCGCGCCCUACCCGGCUGAGCGCUUCCGCAGGCUCGGCUACGUGUCGCUCUGUGACAAUGAGAAGACAGGCUGCAGAGCGCGGGAGCUCAAGUCCGUGUACGUGGACGCCGUGGGCCAGUUCCUCAAGCUGAUCUUCCACCAGAACCACGUCAACAAGUACAACAUCUACAACCAGGUGGCCCUGGUCGCCAUCAACAUCAUCGGGGACCCUGUGGACUUCGGGGACGAGAGCAACAUUACUAGAGAGAAGCUCAUCGAUCACUACCUGGGCCACCAUGCAGAGGACCCGGCUCUGGAAGGGACAAGCGCGGGGAAGUCCGACUACAUUUCUCCGCUGGACGACCUGGCUUUUGACAUGUACCAGGACCCGGAGGUGGCGCAGCUCAUCCGCAGGCUGGACGAGCGGAAGCGGGCCGCGGUGCGCGAGGAGCGCUACGACUACGCCAAGAAGCUGAAGCAGGCCAUCGCGGACCUGCAGAAGGUGGGCGAGCGGCUGGGGCGCUACGAGGUGGAGAAGCGCUGCGCCGUGGAGAAGGAGGACUACGACCUGGCCAAGGAGAAGAAGCAGCAGAUGGAGCAGUACCGUGCCCAGGUGUACGCGCAGCUGCAGCGCCACGGCCUCACGGGCCCCGAGCUGAUGCAGCCCCCCGCCCCCUCUGGCAGCCCCCGGCACUUGCUCCCGGCAGACCUGGACAAGCCUCCGGCGCGCGCUCUGGAGGUGGCCCCUCGGCGGGCCCCGGUCACUCGCUCGCCACCCACCGCAGAGCCCGGCCCCAGCACCCAGCUCGAGUCUCUGCCCUACGAUGAGCGGCCGCUGCCCACCACGCGCCAGCAGCAGGCGGCCUCGGAGAAGAGCGACCCUGAUGUCGGCGAGGCCCCUGGCGGCCCCGUGGGCGAGCCCGAGCCCCUGACGGAGAAGGCCUGGCGCGAGGCGGGCUCGGUCAUCGAGGUGCUGGGGGAGACGCUGGUGGCAGGGGCCUAUUCCAGGACGUGGUCAUACCGGGAGGACGCGCUGCUGGCCCUCUCCAAGCAGCUGGCAGGGAUGCCCGUGGGCGCCCCCAGGGAGGAGCUCAGGAACGCGCUGAGAGCGGCCAUCUUCCUCGUCCGCAGAGCCAUCAGGGACGUCGUUACCCCGGUCUUCCAGGCCUCGCUGAAGCUGCUGAAGAUGCUGGUCACACAGUUCGUGCCCAAGCACAGGCUGGGCAGGCCGGAGGCCGCGCACUGCGUGGAGAGGACCAUCCCUGCGCUGCUGGCCCGGACCGGAGACUCGUCCGCCCGCCUCCGCCUCAUGGCCUCCAACUUCAUCCAGGAACUGGCCUUGUCCAAGGAAGUCAGGUCUCUGCAGAUCGUCCCGCCGUACCUGCUGCAGCCCCUGAAGGCCAACGCGUCCCCGCACCUGGCGCUGAGCCAGAUGAGCCUGCUGGCGCGGCUGCUGCGUGACCUGGGCACCGAGAGCGAGGGCUUCCCCCCCGACGCCGUGAUGAAGUUCACCGUGAGCGCCCUGGAGCACCGCGUGUACGAGGUCCGGGAGACGGCGGUUCAGGUCAUCCUGGACUUGUACAGGCAGCACCGGCCCGUGGUCCUGGAGCACAUGCCCCCCGACGACGCCGCCACUCGCAAGAACGUGCUCUACAGAACCAUCUUCGAGGGCUUCGCGAGGAUCGACGGCCGGCCCACCGACGCCGAGCUCAGGGCACAGAGAAAGGCAGCCACGGAGGAGGCAGAGAAGCGAAAGAAAGAGGAGAUCCGAGUCCUGCAGGGGCAGCUGGCGGCCCUGAGGGAGCUCGAGGCCGAGGCCCAGGACCGAGAGAAUGACAUGGCCAAGGCCCAGCCCGCAGACGCCCAAGGGAGGAAAGUGGCCGCCCCCGACGCCCCGGGAACACCGGAUAAUCACUUCCUGGAUAAGCUGUGCAUCUUCUGCGGGGAGCGCGACGACGCCUUCACCGAGGAGGGCCUGGACCUGCACUACUGGAAGUACUGCCUCAUGCUCACGCGCUGCGCCCACUGCCAGCAGGUGGUUGAAAUCGCCAGUUUGACCGAGCACCUGCUGACGGAGUGUGACAAGAAAGAUGAGUUUGGGAAGUGCUACCGCUGCGGAGAGGCCAUCUUAAAGCAGGACCUUCCGGGACACAUAAAGACAAAGGAGUGCGAGCCUGCCAAACCGGAGAAGCUGGCGAGCCGCUGCCCACUGUGCCAUGAGAACUUCACUCCUGGGGAGGAGGCGUGGAGGGCUCACCUGAUGGGUCCUGGCGGCUGCACUAGGAACCUGCGCAGGACACACGUGGCACCCAGGGGACCCGCCCUGCCCCCAAGCAAAGGCCCGGGAGGGAUCAAAGCGGUGAGCACAGGCUCGAAGGUGGGCAGCAAGAUCCCCACCCCGAAGGGAGGCCUGAGCAAGAACUCCAGCCGGACCUACCUGAAGCGGUGACAGCGUGACCGGAGCACCUUCCGCCAGAGCUGGGCGUCCUGGGAGCCCUGCACUGCCCGCCCCAUGCCCCAGGAUGUGCCCCCGUGUCACCCCCGCCUUCUCCACCCAGCACAGGGGCGCCCAGACCACCCCCAGCUGCACCCCUGCGCCCCGCAGCCUGUGCCCCGGCUCACCGUGGCCGUGGGCUCCACCCAUGAGAUCAGAAAUAAACUCCACGCAGACCUUCACCUGCUCCCCUGCUCCGCGUCUGUGUCCACCCCGCCCGGCCCUGCCCACGCGGCUCUGCCCCGUGCACCCCCAGCAUCCCCUAUCCGUGGAAGCAAACCAGAGACCAUGGGAAGGUGCAGAGUGGGGCUGGGGGCUGCUGGCACGGGCACCAGGUGGAAGGGCCAUGUGGAGGCAGACUGAGCCUCUGGUGGCCGAGAACGGGAUGGGGCCUUGGGGUGUGGCCGCAGCGUCACCUGCUAGCCACUGCCCCUGCACCGUAAAGCCGGUCCUGGCCAGGCGGGCAGCCGGGGUGGCCCCGGGUUUCCGGAGAGGAUGACCACUGCGUCCGGCCAAACCAGCGCAGACGCUCUCCCGCGGAUGGGAGAAGGCGCCCUGAGAACCAUUCUCCGCCCUCCAGGCAAUGGCAUGAUGGUUCUCUCCUCAUAACCUAAAUUGGUUAGAAUAUUCCACUUUUUAGCAGUUGGCAGCACCAGAUACUUUUUAAAAUCUUAGGCUCGAGGGUUAUGAGAAAAUCGUGCACUUCCCUAGGGAUGUCUCCUGGCUGUGACCAGCAGCCUUAAAAGCUUCAGUGAAGGCGUAAGGAACCAGGGUAACUGACAGUUUAAAGCACCUCCGCUGUCUGGAAGCAGAUGUCUGCGUUUGCAACCGUGAUGGCUUACUGCAUUUUCAUUCGUGUUGUGAAUAGUUAAUAUUUGUUUCUUUUACCAUAUUUCAGAAUGCACUUACUAGAUCUAACAAGAACUGUAGCUAUAAAUACCGUGUUAGAGUACAAAUGUAAACACUUUUGAUGAAAGUUUGCAAGUUUUUAGUGUUUUAACCUAGUUUUCUAUUUGUCUUUAUUUCAGGUACAGGAUUACAAAAUAGCCAAUAUAUUUUUGUUGUUUUAGAGCUCAGGGGCUGUUCAUUCCCUGACAUCAGUGUAAUAAAAGUAUCACUGGA